GCUAUACCCCUUUCACAUCGCAGUUUGGAGCCGUGUUAUUACCGGGUUAUUCCCGGGUUGGUGCCUUUCACACUGAACCCGGUUCGCCCUGUGAAAACAUUUGUGAUGUCAUUAUAAAUGGACUUUUCUGUCUCCUAUUGAUGAGGUUGCAAAGGUAUUACAAGGAGGGGCUGGGGAGUGCUCAGUAGUGCAGCAAUCAUGGCCGACACAGCACAUGUCUCUAUAGAGUUUGUGAUAGUCUCAGCUGUACUACUCUUGGAUUCAGCCUGUGAGAGGAUAUUUGAGCUUCUCACAUUCUGUAGCUUGUUCAGCAGCUAUGUUAUGAGGAGGAGGAGGCUGCAGUAUUUGAGAGACACCACCAUUCGUCGUCGGCAAUACCUGCGCAGGAGGAGAUCGUUUAUAUCUGCUUCUGUGACCACCAUACUCAACCUUAACCACAGUACUCAACGAAAAUUGUGGUCUAGAGAACGGCAGCAUGGGCAAGUUUUUAUGCAAAGUGUACUGAACUUUCAGGAUGUUCAGUGGAAGUGUCACUUCAGGAUGUCACGUCACACAUUCCACUAUCUUUUGGAUUUAAUGUCCCCAGCACUCUCUAGACAGACCACAAACUUCAGGUCACCAAUAGAGCCAAGCAGGAGGCUAGCUAUAGCAUUGUGGUGGUAUGCCACUCCCGGUGAAUAUCGCACAAUUGCUUGCCUGUUUGGUGUGGGGAUAUCUACCGUGUGCACCAUUGUACAUGAAGUGACCAAAGCAUUGGUGGACAACCUAUACCACCGAUUUAUAUCUCUUCCGCAAGGCCAGCGUUUGGAUGAAACAAUUGUGGGAUUUGUGGAGUCUGGAUAUCCGCAGUGUGCAGGUGCAAUUGAUGGUACCCACAUCCCUAUAAUCGCACCUCAUGAUAAUCAUGCCGACUACUACAACAGAAAGGGAUGGCAUUCCAUUGUUUUGCAAGCUGUGGUGGAUCAUAAGUAUUGUUUCACUGACGUAUUCAUCGGCUGGCCGGGGCGGUCACAUGACGCUCGAGUUCUUGCAAACUCUGAUCUGUACCGGGUAGCAGAGGACAAGCAAGGGGGCUACCUUUUUCCAAGAGAGAAAUCCAAAUUUGUGGACGGAGUGGAGAUACCGGUACACAUAAUUGGUGAUGCAGCCUACCCGUUACGACGAUGGCUCAUGAAGGGGUUCACCCAACAUGUCCAGCUGAGCCCCAAUCAAAUUACAUAUACACACACCCUGAGCUCGGCAAGAAUGGUGGUUGAAAAUGCCUUUGGACGAUUAAAAGGACGUUGGCGCUGUCUUAUGAAGCGCAAUGAUGUAGACAUUAAUAUCAUGCCUAACAUUGUUGCAGCAUGUUGUAUUCUGCAUAACUUAUGUGAGUUUCAGAGGGAGGAAUUCCUACCAGAGUGGACAGUGCAGGCCACUGCUGCGUACCCUGCCCUUGAUUGUGAGGCCUAUUUGGGCGACCAUUCUGGUAGUGCAGAACAGAUGAGGUCUGCUAUAAUGGCCAACCUUCCCUCAUUACUCCGUUAAUUUUUCUCAGUUUGUAUAUUGUAUAUAUUGUUGUUGUUCCAAAAAAAAAACCUGUUUAGUUGACAUUCUGCUACUGUGUCGAUACAAAUGUACAACAUCAAUAUCCAAUUUGAAAUGGAUGUAUCAAGCAUUUUGUUUGUUUGUAAGUCAAAAUAGGACAAGUCCAAAGAUUAACAAAAGGUCAGAGACCGUAGAAUUUUAAUUUGUAUAAAACUUUGGAAAAUAAAGUAGUGCAAUCGUUACAGUAACAAGUCAAACAAGUAAUAGUGCAGUAAAAACACUCCUAUGAAUUUAAAACCAACCUUUUUUUAAAAACAAUAAUAUUUAAGUUAAAUUACGAUAAACAGGAGACUCUGUUGUUGUCUCCGUUUCAGAAGGUGAUUGGGUGUGUUGAGGUUGUGUAUGUCGAGGAUGGGUAUAGUGAGUUGGAGUUGUUGGAGGUGGGGUUUGUUGGGGUUGGUUAUGGCGAGCAUGGGUAUGGUGUGGCGUUGGUUGAGGUGUGGUAUGAUUAUAGUAGGGGGGUGCAGGGUAUUGGGUAUAUGGUUGAGGGUAGUUUGGUGGCACUGUGUGCAGCCCUUCAAUGCAUUGAAACAUUCGGUCAAAUAUGGACAUUUGAAAUUCCUGCAUUUCUCUCUGACGUUCUCUUGCAUCCCUAUUAUAGGUUUCCUGCAUAGACAUCAGCUGCGUCAUAAAUGUAUUGUUCAUCUCUUGCUCUGCCUGCAGAAAUCGCUCGAGACGUGCAUCUUCUCGAUCAGCCAUAGCAGCGUCCAUCUCCUGUAAUUUUUCAACCAGGACAGUGGUCAUAAUUCUUGCAGCUUGCUCCGUUUUAUUUGGACGGCGCCUCCUUGGCGGAACAGUAUAUACUGCAGACACAAAUCAAAUAAUAUGUUAUUGGAAUUUGCAAAGAGCUUAUAUAAAAUAGCAGUGUUUGCAAACGUGUUUUGUGGCCUCCUUCCACCUACACACUGCAUAUACUCUGCAACAUUUAUCAUUUUAAAUUGUAUGCAUUUUUUUCUAUGAUUUAAUGACGUUAAUGUUUAGAGUUGUUAGUUUGUGUUUAGUUGACGUUAAUUGUUCAUGUUAGUUAUUAUGCUUUAGGAUUGUUGUACUUACUGUUUCCACGCAAAGGCUGCGUUUGUGCAAUUAUGGCCAUUUGACUUGGCCCAGCCGCUGUGUCUUCUGGCGCAUCAGUGGUUUCAGUUCUGCUGGGCUCCUGUACAACUGGGUCAGGCAUAGUGGUUGCCAUCGGUUGCGUAUCAUCCAGUACGAGUAGUGGAGAUGGUGGUGGUGGUGAUCGGGUGUCUGGGUCCUGUGCUCGGGUGUCUGGGUCCUGUACGCUGGUGGAAGCAGCAGAGGCCUGUCUUGUUUCUGCUGCUGCUAUGCUGGAGGAUAAGCUAACCGGUGUUGCAAGUGGUGUGUGGCCAAAUAUGGUGGCACACUGCUCAUAAUAUUGCCACUCCAUACGGGCAGCACCACUUCUGUUUCUGUUGUGGUCGUGGACCUUAUGGAAAUUCCUUUUAAGGGCCUUUAGCUUAUUGAUUACCUGCUGUGAGGUACGGUGGAAUCCAGAGGCUGCAAGCAUCUUCGUUAUGUUUUUGUAUGUGAUUGCAUCCUUAACAGUCCCUGUCAUUUGGUGGGUGAUUUCCGACUCCCCUCUUAUCCGCAACAGCUCCCUAACCUCAUCCUCACUCCAGUUUGCCAUAUUUUCCAAGCACUGUACCCGUGAAUGUAGAAGUAUAAUAAAAACACAAUGUUUAAAG